AUGGUAUCUGAAUCCUUUAAUGGUGAAGAACUAAACAAGUCUAUUUACCGUGACAAGGUCAUCACUUAUGAUGCUGCCGUUUAUGCUGCAAAAUUACUUCCAUCGAUGUUGCGUAUUGUUAGAUCGAACUGUAGGACGAGGUGUAAUAUUUCUCAAUUCAUAUACAUCGUAUGGAUCAUCCACGUUCGUGUUAGGUCCAAAAAUCUCAUCCAACGUGUUAUUACCAAUCCUGUUAGUAAUCAGCGUGAGGGGUUUGCAUCUGGUAUUUCUAACACUUUCACAGCGUUGUUUCAAUUAAAACAAAUAAAAAAAUGUAAAAACUGA